AUGUCUUCCUCUCACACUAUCUCCAAGGGCCAACUCGUCCUCGUCAGCGGCGCGUCUGGCUUCGUCGCAGUCCACACCGUCAAAGAAUUCUUGAAAGAGGGCAUCAACGUCAGAGGUACCGUCCGUUCAGCAGAGAAGGGCGACUACCUCAAGAACCUCUUCAAAGACUUGCCUGGAGAGUUUACGUAUGUUCUCGUCAAGGACAUCGCUCAGGAAGGUGCGUUCGACGAAGCGGUCAAAGGCGUCGACGCCAUCGCGCAUCUGGCUUCGCCAUUCUACGUCACCAAUGUCUCGGACGCCAAUGAGCUCAUUGGUCCCGCCGUCCAAGGUACUACUGGUAUCUUGAAGAGCGCUCAGAAGAACAACCCAUCUGUUAAGCGUAUCGUCGUCACGUCGUCUGUGGCUGCUGUCACGAGUCCGAUCACGAAGAAGUCUGGGCUUAUCUACACCGAAGAGGACUGGAACGUCGACUCUAUCCCAUACAUCGAGAAGAACGGCGUCGAUGAUGGAGGUUCUCAAGCUUAUAUGGCCAGUAAGACCGCUGCCGAGAAGGCUCUCUGGUAUUUCAUUGAGAAGGAGAAGCCUUCUUGGGAUGCCGCCACAAUUAACCCUUCCCUAGUUCUCGGUGAGGUGCUCCAACAGGUCGACAAGGUCGAGAGCCUCAACACUUCUGUGGCCCUCUUCUAUCAAUGGGCUUCUGGCCAGAAAUCCGAGUCCGACCUCCCCGCUCCCAUGUACAACUGGGUCGACGUAAAGGACGUCGCCCUCGCCCACGUCCGCGCCCUCACAGUCCCCGAAGCUGGCGGCCAGAGGUUCAUCACCAGCAACGGCAAGUUCUCCGGCCAGGACUUUGUUGAUUCCAUCCACAAGCACUUCCCUGAUGUCAAGGAUGUCCCGGUGGGCAAGCCUGGGAGCGGGGCGGAGGCCACGAAGGAUGCGAUCUUUGUGGAUGGAUCGAAGGCUCAGAAGGUUCUUGGGUUCAAGUAUAGGACUCUUGAUGAGUCUGUAAAGGACAUGUUUGAGAGUAUCAGGACGAGGUUUGGUACCAUCUAG